CUCGGACCAAGACACAUUUUCCAUCCAAAACCAUCAACAAUCAUGGCGAACCAAAUCAAGACUUACUUCUUAGUCCCAAACUGGGACUUUCCUCCCGACUCCAUCACUCUAGGAUCCAUAAUAGACGAUCCAUUCAACCCGUCAACCCCCCUCUAUACCCCGGAUACUCUGCACGAACACGAUCUCAACAUCUUCAAAACCACCAAAUCCAACCUCAGCCAAACGAUCGAACACUCACGAACCCGAAAAAUUGGCCUUUUUGCCAAAUUCCUCCAAAUAUGCGGUCUAGGCGCGGAAGCGUCAAUUAGCCGUGAACACGCUGACAUCAGUUCCUAUUCAUUCGAGAAAAUGGAUACAGCCUGGAUUUCCCCAUCCCAAGACCUCAUCGAACAAUUGGCAUCACAUCGGGAUGUGAACAGUUUCCUUAAACAAACAAACUACAAAGAACCAGUCUACAUAAUAACAGGCAUCAAGACAGUCGAAGGUGCAAGGGUAAGAACACUCCACCGAAAAGACCGCGGGAAAACAGCCAUGUUCGGUCUUGAUGGAUCGGCUACUGGAUUACCGAUUUCUGCUGGUCCGCAGGUUGAUAUCAGUCGAGGGGAUGUAGAGGAAGCGCAGUUUGAACAUUCGUCGCCGUUUGUGUUUGCGUAUCGGGUGGUGGAGGUAAGAGUUGAUGGGAAGAAGGGCGUUAGGGGGAGAGAAUAUGCGGAGGGGGCUUUGUUUGGGGUUGGGGAUAGGAAGGAGACGAUGGGAGUAGCUACAGGUGGUCUUUCUGGGGAUUACGAUAUGUAUGAGUCUUUGGAUGAAGAUGAAGGGGAGUGUGUUUGUGUAAUUCCUGUUGAUGGGAUAAGUGUAGUCAAAUAGAAAGCCAGAGUAGAUCGAAAGGGAAAUGGAAAAUAAAAUGUCAAAGGAAUAAAACUGUCAUGCUUGAAUCAAUACCACAUGACUCC